CGCACUUAUAAAAAGGAAAAGUGCGACCCCCCGCACCACUCUAGUGCGGUGCCUUCGAACGCGCAACAAUGUUAAAAUACGUGGUGGCAGUACUUGUGCUGCUAGCAGCAGCUUGGGCGCAAGAUUUUGACUACGGCCCACGACCCGCACCUGCUAGGGUCCAACCGGGUUAUUCUGGACCCUCGUCCGCUCCCAAACCCACCCCAGUGGCCAUAAUCAAGCAGAUCAAUAGGCACAAUGAAGAUGGUUCCUAUACCUACGGGUACGAGUCGGCCGAUGGUUCCUUCAAGAUCGAGACCAAACUGCCUACAGGCGAAGUGAAAGGGAAGUACGGGUAUGUGGACGAUGUGGGCAAAGUGAGGGUGAUUGAGUACGGAGCCACUAAGAAUGGAUUCGCUCCCGUAGGAGAAGGUAUUACAGUGCCUCCUCCAACGUUAGUGGACGAAACUACUGAUAAGCAGGGCGCGCUCUUGCCCGAAUAUUCCGGGGCUUACCAGCAACCAGACGAGCAGCCCCAGCAAGCCCCAGUGCGUAGCCAACCAGCCUACAGCAGACCAGCGCCAGCCAGUUCUUUCGAGUUCGCCUCCGCUGCGGCUCCUAGGCCAGCACCCAGACCCGCCCCCCGGCCGGCGCCUUUGGAGUAUUCUCCUCCACAGACCUUUGAGCCCGCCCCCCGUCCGGCGCCCCGCCCUCAAUCUCCAUCUUCGAGUUACUCGUUUGAUUUUCCUUCUUCGUCCCCCAUGACGAGGGCGUCGUUCUCUUCUGCCCCCGCUCCUCCCAGACCUGCGUUUGCCAAUGCUGCUCCUGCUCCCCAGCAAGACUUUGGAGGGAUUCCUACUAGGCCGGCCCCACUUCCAGCUAGUGUUUUUUCCAGGCCUCAGCCUCAGCAGCCGUCUUUUCCCUCCGCGGCGCCUCAGUACAGGCCUGCGCCCCAGCCUGUUGGCCGUCCAAGCGGCGGGGGCUCCAUUCUGGAUCAGUUGAGCAAGGACUAUGCGCUGCCUCAGAGCAAUUCUGCGCCCCUGCACGACAUCAGUUUUGGGUAUUAUUAAACAGGCCGAUUGGAAUGAUUUGUGUAAACUGUGUGAUAUCUUGAGCUACCCAUUGGGAGCCCUCUUUCCUACUUUCUCCUGCUUUUUUCUCUUUGCUUAUACUCCUACUUUUUCUGCUGUCUAAUCUGCAUGCUUUCACUACUUUCCUACUUUCUUCUGUUACUUCGUUCACUUUUUUAGCACAUUGCACUUUCUAUUCUUUUUCUUCCUUUGGCCCAUCUGGCUUUCCUAACUCUUCAGCUCCCAUGAGAACGCACUACGAAUAUCAACUGUGUAUUAGACUGUACAUGUUAUUUAUAGGUAUUUGUAUAUUUCCGUCUAAAUGUAAUCAACUGAUUUUGACGAUGGCUUUUCAAGGAAACUGUUGUCUGAUUCAAGUGAAUAAACCGAUCGAGAAAAA